AUGAGAACUUCACCAGGAGUUCAGUUAGUUUCUGAUAAAGUCAGUGAUUCUUUGAGGCAAGAAAAUAGCAGAGACCUGAUAGCACCAGUUUAUCAUUCGAAUAUAUUUGCCUCUUCCAGUAGCCACUCAGAGAGCCAAGAGGCAAAGAAAGCCAUUCAGGCAGGAAUUAGAGUGUUAACAAGUGAGAAUUAUGUAGCCGAACUGUCAGCACUCGCAGAAACAACGCCACCUAGCUCGUUCAGGAAAACUACAGCACUCGCAGAAACGAUGUCAUCUAGCUCGUCUAAGAAAGUUGCAGCUCCCAGGAAGAAAAAAGAAAAUAAACGUAAGAAUGACCGACAUGAAAGAUAUUGUUACAGUAACCUCUGUGCUGUCUGCAAGGUCAAAUAUUUUGACGACGAAGAGGACGAGGGAUGGAUUCAGUGCCAGAAAUGCCAAAAGUGGCUUCACGAUAUUUGUGCCGGGAUUUAUGGAAAACACAUUGUGUCCUUCCAAUGUGAUGACUGCUCUGCUUGA